CUUCGUGGAGCCUGCGCGGGGUGGGCGCGGGGCGAGCGGAGGCUGCUCGCGGCCCGGGUGCUCAGGGACUGCAGCGGAGCGGGGGCUCUUCGGGGCGUGCCUGCUGCCUCUGUGGACCUCACAGCCCUGCCGGAGAGCGCGUCGGCCCCCGCGAACCCCCGGCAGCACCUCGGAAAGGCCGUUCCUCCCCGCGAGGGAAACAGAGCCGUUGACUAUGGUUGCAACCGGCAGUUUGAGCAGUAAGAACCCGGCCAGCAUUUCAGAGUUGCUGGACCAUGGCUACCACCCGGGGAGCCUGCUGAGUGAUUUUGACUACUGGGAUUAUGUUGUUCCUGAGCCCAACCUCAGCGAGGCGAUAUUUGAGGAGACAACCUGCCAGAAUUUGGUUAAAAUGCUGGAGAACUGUCUGUCCAAAUCAAAGCAAACCAAACUCGGCUGCUCCAAGGUCCUCGUGCCCGAGAACCUGACACAGAGAAUCGCUCAAGAUGUCCUUCGGCUCUCCUCCACGGAGCCCUGUGGUCUCCGAGGUUGUGUUAUACAUGUGAACUUGGAAGUUGAAAGUGUGUGUAAAAAGCUGGAUAGGAUUGUGUGUGAUUCUAGUGUGGUGCCUACUUUUGAGCUGACUCUUGUGUUUAAGCAGGAGAAUUGCUCGUGGACUAGCUUCAGGGACUUUUUCUUCAGUAGAGGUCGGUUCUCAUCCGGCAUUAGGCGAACUCUGAUCCUCAGCUCAGGAUUUCGACUUGUUAAGAAAAAACUUUACUCAGUGAUUGGAACGACAGUCAUUGAAGAGCACUAACAAGGAAUUGUUUUAAAGGGUCUUUCUGAUUGGGUAAUAAAGUUAUGCAGCUGUUAAGUUCAA